AGAAACGCAGAGAAUCCGAGAAAAGACAGCGGUUGCUGUUUGGGCACUGGACAGUUCAUUACACGGGCGCAAAGUAUGUAUUUAUGUAAUUAGUCUGCCUGCAGUUCCUGCUCGAUUGCUUUCCCUAUGGGUUUUAUUACAGGGGACUCACGCUUUCCGAUCACUCACACUUCUUGCUCCGAUGGGAAGAAUCAAUGUUAUGCCCUAUCCUAGGGAGAAGUGUGAGUUGGGCGAAAAUGCCAUGGAGGAUAAUAUGGAGGAAGACCAUGGUGGUCCAUCAUCUGCAUUCUACGAAGUAAACCUCGAAGACCUCAGCAUGGCUCAGUUGGAAGAAAUUUUAAAUAAGAACAGACAGCUACAAAUCGAAAUCAGACUAAUUUUGAACAGUUUGGUUUCGAAGAUGAAUGAUUGUAUGAGCACCAAGGAAUACCUGCAAAGUCAGAUUAUUGAAUCUGAAUUGGCUGUGUCAACUCGAAUUGAUAAGGAUCCAUCAGCUAAAUUCUCCUUGACACUUAUUUCUUCUUCGUGGAAACCUUCAUACCCAUAUUUCCUAGACACAAGUGAUUUUCCGCCCCCUUUAAAUCAAGUGGACCACAUCAUGAACAAAAACAAUUUUCUAAGAAUAUCCUCACUACGCACUUGCUUUCGAUGGAAUCAACGUCAAAUGAAGAUGCUUGAUAGAGCUGUUACAGAAGAUGCACUUUACAGUUUACAAACAGGCCUUCUACAAAAGAAAAAGGUGUUGGUCCAGGCAUUGGAUGACAAGAUUUCCCUGCAGAAGAUGCUGUAUAACAUGGACAUUAUCAACGAAGACAUAGAAAAUCAACUUAGAGAGAAAUUUGAAUCAGGGCGGACAAUCGAGCAGCUGGAAAAAGCAAUUAAAGAGACAGACGAGGAAAUCAAAAGAGUUGCUGGAGAGCCUCUGCAGAAGAUGUUACAUGACCCAGACCAUGAAUUCAACUGGGCUAAAAUUAGAGAUAUAGAGUUUCCUGAGUCUCGGUCAGAAAGUGAGAUAAGAUCCAUGUGGAAGCUGUGUUUGCAGAAAAACCGUUCACGAAAACCGUGGACCUCUAAAGAGACUGAAAAGAUCUUGGAGCUGGCAGCCAAGCACAAUCACCAAAACUGGACACAAAUCGCCAAUGAGUUGGGCAGAAAGAGGUCAGCAUAUCAAGUGUUCAUCCAUUUCCAAGCAGAGGCGAAUCGUGCGAGGAACAAGUGGACCGAAUCCGAGGACAACUGUGUUAUCCAGGCAGUGAAGAAACUACGCAUGGGCAACUACAUCCCCUUCAGUUUGGUCGCCAAUCACGUGCCAGGCCGGAGCAGCUCUCAGAUUGCUCAAAGGUGGCGCAGCUUCCUUGACCCCUCAAUUUACAGGGGAACUUUCACCGCCAAUGAGGACAUCCUGCUCUACAUCUGCCGAGUUCUGAAGAAAAUGAGUUUUGCAGAGAUCAGUGAGAAUUAUUUCAUGCGCACUACGGAACAACUACGGAAACGGUUUCACACACUUAGAUCGUCUGAAGCAUUUGUAGAAAUGCUUAACAAGAGAGGAUUUUUCAUUGACCCAAACAGGGGCUUUCAUUCAACUCACAAAGUUCAAAUGGUAUUUUCCCAGCAGAACGGGAUUUCACUCUAUCAAAGCUCAGCUUCUAUGGAAACAUCGGAAAAACGUGCGAGAAAGUGCUAUGCCAAAAGGCGAAUUGAAGAAAAGAACAAGAAAUAUUACCUGAGUGCAGAAAAUUUGGGGGAUGGUAGAAAACUGCUGAAGGUAGAAGAGAGAUGCAUAGGAGGCCGGCCAAACAAGGUUAUGAGCAAAGAGGAAAUUGACAUUGCCAUGUACUUCUUCUCAAAGUACAGAUCUGGCAGGAUUGGCAGAUACUCAGCGAUAGUUAAUAAAAAUGUAGAACCAGUUGCGAGAGCAGUCAAGCAUUACUGUGAGAAACUGGACGCCAGGGUAGAUUUUGCAGCAUCAAGCGGAAUAUUUGCUGAAAACCGUCAGAUGUCUUUGGUACUAGAAAAACUGCAAGAUCUUUCAAUCAGCAACCAACCCAUUUACUCCAUCAUUCCUCCGCAAUUUUCCACAUUGGUUGGCUACAUGUGCAUCUUUUUGGAGGUGGCAAAGCUACAUAAACACACACUUGCCUCUCAAGAGAGUUUGUCAAGCUUCCAUAAGAAGUGUGAAAAGGCUGCCAUAUUCAUGAAUUCAAGAGGCCCCUCCAGCGCUGCCACAGCAAAGGGGACUUGCCAAAACCUUCACUUGGUACCGUCAGGUUGUGCCAGGCCCACUGUGUCGAUACAUUUGCACAAGGACGCUUGUAGUGGACGGCACUGCGUCAGCAAUGGUCAUCAUGGCGCAAUGACAAGAAAUUCAGACGUCGUCAAUGUUUGUGGAAACAUUCAAGAGUUGUACUUCAUUGAGAAGGGCAAUGAUUAUCCGACGUUCAAGCUGAACCUCACCAGAUUUGCUCCGGAAAAGCCGCUGUCUGGAUUCACAAUUGAUUGUAGGCAAGAACUGCCUGUUGCUACAAUUGGCUGUGACGAUGCAGAGCACAUCUCUCCAGAGGAAGCUUUGGACUUAUGGAAGUUGCGCUUUGUCGCCCUCUUCUCUGUACCAGCCAUCAUCGAGAUGUUCAGCACCCCUGAAGUUUAUGAUUUCAAAGAUGAACAACCGGUGACAAAGAAAUCAGCGACCAGGAAGUGCUAUUACAGGAGAAAGAGAAAAUACUGGAAGCAUAUAAACAGACCGGAGGAAGAAAAGGCUGAGAAAAAGGAGCUAGAGAGGCCUGACAAAGAGGCAAAGAAGCUUGAAGAAGAGGCAAAGAAGCCUGAAGAAGAAGCCAAGAAGACGCCAAGAAAGAGAAGAAGUGCCUCUGAAAUGGCAGCGCACUAUGCUCAAAUGAAAAAAGACAAACCAACUCGGUCCCGGAGAAAUCAACCCAAUGCAGGUCAGGUAACUAGCAGUGUUGAUGUUGUUGAAAUGUCCAAUCAAUAAGGUGUGAUGGCUUCUGAUUAGCAAGCAUUUUCAUCUUUAAUUCACAAUACAAAAAAUCAUUACAAUAAAGAAAAAUUGGGCUCUGAUCAACACUCAAAUCACUGUUAGUGAAGUCUUUUGAUUCUCACAAGGAAUAAGCAGCAUCACUAUCAUUGUGUCCUGCUCAGUCGGUCUUCUUGACCUGCUCUGUAGUACUACUGUUGGCCAAAACAGUAUUCUGGCGCAUCAUUUGCCUCAUUUGUGCAGCCUUAACACGAGCUAGCAACUCUGAAGACUGCCACAGCCAAUUGGCCACCAUGAUCAUACAAUUGAAUAGCAUUGGGAUCGAGAAUACAAUUGAUAUGAACAUUCCUUUACUGUCAAAGUACUGUUGCUUGGAGAAUGACCUGUAAAAUGAAUUAAGCUGUAAGAAAUAUGAUGAGACUGAACAA